AGAUCGCCAAUAAAUAUUUCUGCGAAACGCGAGCUGAUCACAGCGCGGGCGAUAAAGACUGUAACUUAGAUCACUGCUGAUCGGGCAAGCACUAUAGCUAGACUUGAAAUCACCGAGAAAGAAAGCUUAAGAAACGAAAGCUUACGAGUAAUCGACCAAGGCGCUGAGAAGUUCCAGCCGAAGUUCUUCCCAGAUCUAUCGCCCGAGAUCCAAGGAGAGCCAUGGUUACCUCCUCCUCGUCCAAGAAGCUCUUCCCCCGCUUCGUGACCCUGAAAGGCGACAAUGGUCAGCUCCUCACAGUGCACGCUCUGGAUGGAGUACCGUACCUCACAUUUACUUCCCUGGAGCCGUCGCGGCUGGCUACUCAUGAGAUCAUCUGCCACAAGGAUCUCCCGGACGUGGUGAUGAUCCGUUCCUCCAACGGCCGCUACUGGAGCCGCAACGAGAAUAGCUGGAUCGUGGCGAACCGGGACGAGACCCCGGCAUCCUCGGAUACGAGCUCCAACUUCAAGAUCGUCCGGGUGAGUAGCAGCAGUAGCAGCAGCACGGUGGCGCUGCAAUCCUUGGCGGACGGGAGCUACUUGCGAUGGUUCUCGCAGUCGCAGGUCCAGCACGGCUGCAACGCGGUCGGGAGUUCGUGCGACGUCCACACUCACCUCGAGCUCUGCGAUGCGUCCGAGACGGCGCUGGUUCUCCCGCGGCUGCUCUCGCUCAAGUCGGACAAUGGGCUGUUCCUCGCCGCGCAGUACCAGCGCGAGAUCAACUGGCUGAGCUUCGCGAGCUCCUCCAAGAGCGAGCUCGCGACGGCGCACGAAGUAGUGCUGCUGCCAAACGGGAACGCGAUGAUCCAGAACGUCAAGAGCGGCAAGUUCUGGCGGGUGAGCUGCGUCAACUGGGCGUGGGCGGACGUGGAUCGCUCGCACGCGCUGACGAACACCGCGUGCCACUUCGAGCCCGUGAAGGUGAGCGCCACCGAGGUGGCGCUCAAGUCGGCCUUCUCGGGGCGGUUCCUCAAGCGCUACACCGAGUACUGGAAGGACGCGCUGUGCGGGCUGGCGUGCGGGAUGAACGAUCCGGCGACGCGGUUCGUGGUCGGGGGCGCGGUGGUGUCGCAGAGUUUGGAGGAGAUCGCGUACUCGCUCAAGAUGGCGGAGAUGGUGGAGGUGAAGAGCGUGGAGGUGGCGAGCGGGGUGGCGACGAACAGCGAGCAGAAGGCGUGCGAUGUGGUGGUGCAAGUGAAGUUUUCGUUAUCGGUGUCGCGGAGGCACCGGUGGUCGGACUCGUCGACUUUCGUGAAGGCGUGCCCGAGGACGAGCUUCACGGUGGGGGUGCCCGAAGUGACGUCCGCGGAGGGCAGCAUCACGGUUGGCGCCGCACAGUGUUUCAAGACGAGGAUGUGCGCCGUGGUGGAGGAGGCUGUGCAGUUCCAGUCGACUUACACUGUCAAGAGUGUGGAGCCCGGGGAAGAGGUGACUGUCAAGGUGCAAUGCAGCCAAGGCAAAUGCCGCGUCCCCUUCACCUACAGCGCCAAGCAAACCCGGCUGGAUGGAUUCGUGCUCCCCACGAUCCAGUGCGUGGAUGGCUUCUUCGAGGGCGUGAGCGUGUUUGACACCAAGGCCGUGGUGACAAGCGCGCACCGCAAGACGCCCACUUACUUGCCCGUGUGCUGCUCCUUCGCCUCCACCGCCGCUGGCCGACGCCGCAUCCCGGCAGCUCUGUGAUCGGACGGCCGGAUUUCGCUGGCCGGAUUUAAAUGUUUGAAUUGUGCUCCAUCCUGGCCGUUUAACGGAUGUGUACUUUAGAGGAUCCAAGAAACCUAGAGAAUGAAUUAUCUUCUUCAUUCGAUCUA